AGAAAAAGAAAGCGGGAGCUUACGAGGGAAGGCAAGGAAAGCUUAGGAAAGCGUAAAAAAAUUGAAGGCAAGAAAGGAGCGGAACCAAAAUCCGUCUCACCACCCAGUCACCCACCCAUCCAUAUCAUUUCUGAUUCUCUCUCGCUUUCUCCUUAAUAGACCGAGAGAUUCCUCUCACAAGCAAUCAAUCAAGCAAGUGAUAAGCGUAAAGAGAGAAACAAAGGUGCGUGCCGUGAUGGUAUUGUGGGGAAGGAUUUGAUUCCGACAAUCUGUCCGCCUCCCCCAACAACGAAAGAAGGAAACAUGGACGAUGAAGUUGUUCAGCGGGUCUUCCAAGAUGGAGGCCGAGACUACUUCCAACAACAGCCCUCAACUUCCGCUUCCUCCUCCUCCUCUUCUAUCCUCCAAUCCCUCCCUCUCCAUGUGUCUUUCGACCAUGGGUAUUAUUUGUUAGUAAAAUCUAUCCAAGAAUUGCGAGAGAAAAAAGACGGUAUUGUUACAGUUGCAAUCGGUGGUCCAAGCGGUUCUGGUAAAACAAGCUUAGCAGAAAAGGUGGCUUCUGUAAUUGGUUGUACUGUUGUAUCCAUGGAGAACUAUCGUGUUGGAGUUGAUGAAGGGAAUGAUCUGGAUUCAAUAGAUUUUGAUACACUAGUCCAAAAUCUUGAGGAUUUGACAAAAGGCAAAGAUAUAUUGAUCCCUGUUUUUGAUUAUCAACAAAAGAGACGGGUUGGUUCAAAAGCAAUAAAGAGUGCUUCAUCUGGGGUGGUAAUAGUUGAUGGGACGUACGCUCUCCAUGCAAAAUUGCGCUCUUUGCUAGAUAUUCGGGUUGCAGUGGUUGGUGGUGUUCAUUUUAGCCUUCUUUCUAAAGUCCGGUAUGAUAUUGGAGAUUCAUGUUCGCUGGAUUACCUUAUUGACAGCAUUUUCCCAUUAUUUAGAAAGCACAUUGAGCCUGACCUUCAUCAUGCACAGAUUAGAAUUAACAACAGCUUUGUCUCAUCAUUUAGAGAGGCAAUUUACAAGUUGAAAUGCAGAAGUGAGGUCUGUAUAUAUUUCGGCCGUGAGAGUACGGUGGUGGAGCUUAAUUUUAUUGAGAUGUACCUUAGACCUCCUUCGGCAAGUGAGGAAGCACGGAUAAAUGAUUGGAUUAAGGUGCGGCAAUCUGGUAUUAGAUAUUAUCUAUCACUUGGCGAUCAAAGGAUUGUUGACAAAAUCUACAUCAUCAGGCCUAAAGCUGAAUUUGAGGUUGGCCGGAUGACUUUAGGUGGGUUGCUGGCUUUGGGAUACACUGUAGUAGUCAGUUAUAAACGAGCAUCUACAUCAGUCAAUAAUGGCAAUGGCUCCCUGUCACUUGAAAACAUUGAUAGUCUUGGUGAGACAUUCAUGGUGCUAAGAGGCACAGAUAGGAAAACGGUUGGAGAGGAAGCAUUGAGAUUGAGUAUCAAUGGACCUUGGAUCACUAAAUCAUAUUUGGAAUUGAUUCUUGAGAGAAAAGGUGUACCUCGCCUUAAUUCACCCCCACCUUUGUUUAAUACAUCAACUAGUAAUCAAGAAAGGCUGAUUGUUACACCGAGGCCAAUUCGUGUCACUCCAAACCUUGUUACUCACCUUGAGGAUCUGUCUCAACCAUGGACUCGAUCACCAACUAAAUCUAAAAUGGAACCAAUAGUAGCGACAUGGCAUUUCGUCUCAUCAGAUCCUCUCCAUGCUGAUAACUCAGUUGUAGAUCCUGCCUCUUUCAGGGACGCAAUAAAGCUUGCUCCAAUGCCUGAUUCAUAUGACUUGGAUAGAGGAUUGCUUCUUGCUGUUCAAGCGAUACAGGCUUUGUUGGAGAAUAAGGGUCUCCCAGUUAUUGUUGGAAUUGGGGGUCCAAGUGGGUCUGGAAAGACUAGUUUGGCUCAUAAAAUGGCAAACAUCGUUGGUUGUGAAGUAGUUUCCCUUGAAAGCUAUUAUAAAUCUGAACAAGUGAAGGAUUUUAAGUAUGAUGACUUCAGCUCUCUUGAUCUAUCUUUGCUUUCCAAGAAUAUUGGUGACAUAAGAAAUGGUCGAAGAACAAAAGUACCCAUAUUUGACUUGGAGACUGGUCUUCGGAGUGGCUUCAAAGAACUUGCAGUUUCUGAAGAUUGUGGUGUGAUCAUUUUUGAAGGGGUUUAUGCUUUGCAUCCUAGCAUCCGAAAAUCACUUGACUUUUGGAUUGCUGUUGUUGGAGGUGUUCAUUCACAUUUGAUUUCUCGCGUUCAAAGAGAUAAAAGUAGAGUUGGGAGUUUUUUGUCCCAAAAUGACAUCAUGAUGACAGUGUUUCCAAUGUUCCAGCAGUACAUUGAACCACAUCUUGUUCAUGCACAUCUCAAAAUUCGAAAUGACUUUGAUCCUGUGCUGUCACCUGAGAGCUCAUUGUUUGUAUUGAAGAGUAACAAGCCAGUAGCUUAUCAAGAUAUUUUAAAAAUUCUUGAUCCAGAAAAGUUCUGCAGUUCUGCCCAGAAUUUUAUUGACAUAUAUUUGAGGCUUCCUGGAAUUCCCAUUAAUGGGCAGUUGACAGAGAGUGACUGCAUACGGGUCAGAAUAUGUGAGGGUAGAUUUGCAUUGCUGAUUCGGGAGCCUAUAAGAGAAGGGAACUUCAUCAUUCAACCCAAAGUGGAUUUCGAUAUCAGCAUUAGUACGGUUGCGGGUCUUCUUAACCUUGGGUAUCAAGCUGUAGCUUAUAUAGAAGCAUCAGCAUUCAUUUACCAAGAUGGAAAGAUCCUAAUUGAGGUUGAUCAUCUACAAAAUGCCCCUAGUCCUUACCUACAAAUCAAAGGUGUUAAUAAAGAGGCUGUGGCAGCUGCUGGUUCAAUGCUUAAACUGGAUGGAUCAUAUACUACAAAGAGUUAUCUUCAAAUAAUUUUGGAGAGAUUACCAGCAAUGGAAAGAAGUUCAAGUGGAAUUAACCCUCAGCAAGCUGCAAGGCUGCAGGAACUUGUGGAAUUUAUUCAAUCUCAGGGCAGCAGUACAGCUUCAGAAUCCUCACCAUGUAGAGAGGUAUCUCCAAUAGAAGGGGUUAUUGAAGACAUGCAGUCCAGGAUUAAAAGGCUUGAGCGGUGGCACACCAUCAAUACAGUCCUUUGGACUUUCCUGAUGUCAGCCCUUGUUGGUUAUUCACUCUACCAAAGAAAGCGCCAGUAAUGCCUGCUUUUAACAAUUUUUCCAUGCAGUCUCGAAAGAGCCUUGAUCUCCUUCCAUAGGUGAAAAAUCAAUUCUUGGAAUUGUUGAGUCUGGAAUUGUUUUUCCAAGUCUAGGAUCAAUUUAAAGGAAAUGAGAAUUAGGUUAGGAAUAUAGAGAAAAUAAUCCUUUUUUUCUUGCUCCUCUCAUUUUAAUGGUUGUACAUGAGCUCAAAGAAACAGUACUAGAAUAUAGUUCAAAUUUAUAUGCCUCUACUGAGAUUGGAAGAUUAAUUGCUAGUUGAGUUUUUUUAAUGUAAGAAAUCUCUAUUGCUGAUCAUGAUCAACGGAAAUUCAUGUAAAUUUGAUCAUUGUGACCAUCGAGACCAGCAUCUUGUGUAAUAUUCUCAAGAAGAUUAUAAGAUCAUAAAAGUGGUCCAUGUCGUCCACAUUACGUUCA